AUGAAGUUCUCAAAUGUGGAAUUCGCUGUGAACAGCUCGUCUAACUCGCCAACUUUCAAAACCCACGACAUAAUCGAUGGCGAGAUCGUUUUUACGCCUCAUCAAGAAACCGACAUUGAAGACAUAAGCAUCACCUUCCAAGGAAUGACACGAAUCGAAGCCGCGAACAUGAGUACACAUCUUCCUCUGCCCUUCAACCGACUUCAGAAACCCUUUCUAAGUAUGGAGUUGCCGAUGUACGAUUACUUACGGGGUACAAAAACUCUCAAGCCUGACAAGAGAUAUCGGAUACCCUUCAAGUUCGUCGUCCCCAAUGAACUUCCCAUCCACGCCUGUCAUCACCAAUGCGCCAAUCAUCAAAUUCAACAAGAACAUCUGCUGCUACCUGCAAGUCUUAGCUACCGUGCUACUAAAUCCCAUGAAAUCCACGACAUGUCACCAGAAAUGGCAGAAGUGAUUUAUAGCAUCAACUUUGUCUUGUGGCAGCGAGAUGGCAAGGCAGGAAGGUCGAAGAAAAUCCAGGAAUGCACACAUCCUGUGCAAAUCCUCCCAACAAGAGACGAAAAUCCCCCCAUUUUUGUUCCAAGAAAGAACAAGUUUUAUAAAUUGCUAGCAGAGAAAUCCUUAUCCACGGGAAUACUGCGAAAUGCACGUGGCAAACUUACUGCCUGCUCUGCCCAACCACCGGCUAUCCAGUUACAAAUUCUCCAGCCAACAAAUACAGAUGCGUCAACUUCUUUGAAUAUUACUCUUCAAUUUGACCCUUCUCAUCUGGGUCAGCUGCCACCAAGUCUUCUUGCCGUUGAAUUUCAGUUGCGGGCGAUGACUUUCUUUGGGCUAGAGUCGUGGCAAGAUUAUCCAGAUCUGAUUGAUGUUUCUACAUGGGGUCCACGACGAGAAUUCUGGUCUGAUUAUGUGACAUUGGCUCCGAACAAGGAAAUAAAACUGGACUGGAAGUCUCAAGAAGAAGUGGAGCACACGAUCUUCACCGCAUCCAUUGAGGCUUCGGUUUCACUGCCUACCUAUCGACGCUAUCCACCCACUUUCCAUUCAUGUUUAGUGUCUCGGGCUUAUGCCCUGAAGGCAACUUUGUUCUAUCGAGUAGAUGGAAAGUCUCGUGGUAGAUCAUCCAUAUCGGUUUCUGUGCCAGUAGAGAUUUGUGCAACAUGA